UAAUAAUAAUAUGUUUUUAAACACGUAUUGAAGAAAUUUUUUUUUAGAAAUUUCAAAAAUGAUAAUUCGGCGCAUGAUGGUUCGUCCAUAUCUUUAUGAUUACAACUGCAAUGAAUCCCCCCCCCCCCUCCCUCUCCUUAUAUCACUCCUCCAUACAAACUUUCAUAAAAUUUCUGCUUUAAUAUUCUCAUCUGUGAUGAUGUCGUUUAACCUUCUGCUCGUAGUUCUGCUCGUAAACUUUCGUCGAUUAGCGACGUUUCCAUUACGCCAUUUUAGAACCAGUACGAUGCCCAGCGUGCCGGUCGGUCUGUCGUAUCACGAGAUGUUCGCCGUGUCGCUCGGCUCGCCCGCCCUUUGGAGAUGCCGUGCCUGUGGCAAACAGGUGACCAACCGUUGGCACCACUUCCACAUACACACGGCCCAAAGGUCCCUGUGCCCCUAUUGCCCGGCCACGUACAGCAGGAUCGACACCCUCCGCUCCCACAUACGCACCAAGCACAGGGAGAUAGUGUUCGCCAAAGAGUCCUUCGUCAAAGGGUCGUUCGCGAAGGGGCCGCUGUAGAGGACGCUGAUUGCCCCGCGAAGGAAGCGGCCGCCGCCACUUCCGCCUCCCCGUCUCUUCGACGACAGGCCUUCGAUCGCCCCUUUCUUCGGAUUCGGACUCCCCUGACCGGCCGUGCACCAACCGACCCCUGUCUUCGACGAGGAGAACGUCUAGAGAGAUCGACCAUGAUUCUUUCUUUUAUUCCUCUUUCGAUCGCGCUUUCUCUUUCUUCCCCUUUCGUUGCGAUUUUUUUAUUUUGUUCUUGGAAAUUUUUCAACUUCGUUUCGUCAAGUCUUUUCAUUGGAACUCUUGCUUCCAAUGAAAUUUCUAACUUGAGCAAUUUUUCACGAUCAUUGACGAUGGAUCGUUGUAACGGACUUUCUUCAACAAACUUCGAACUGAGCUGACACGUUUUAUUGGAUUAUUUAUUUGUGGAAAGUUUUCAAGAUCUUGUGAAGAACAUACAACUAUCGAAUAAUACCAAGAUAGUUUUAUCUUGCUUUCAUUUAUUAUCGUUACAAUGAGAUGAAGUAUAAGAUGGAUGAAAUUCAUUCUUCGAAUAAUAUAACGUUUAAUUUAAUUCGCGAUCGUUUUAAAAGUAAAAAGUGGUACAGUGUAUUAAAAUUUAAGCUUCGUCUCAUCGUUUGAUAAUUUUCUCAACAAAAUUUCCUCAACAACUGUUUUCUUCAUCUUUAAAAUCAUCCUUCGAUGCCAGAAAAGUCGAAAGAUCUUAAUCAACGAUCAAACGAAUUCUAAUUUCUUCCUUUUUCUGAAGAAACAUGGUCGAAAUCGUCUGGAUAUCGCUCGAGACAUGGACAGGUUCGCGUUCGGGACAGUAUUUAACGAGAAUCGUAGGAAGAAAGGCAAUUUCGCGGGGCAAUUUCGUGCAACGAAUGGCCUCUAAUAUAUAUAUAUAUAUCGCUUGAACGUUUUAUCAGCUGAGCAAUCACUCUUUUGCCGUGAUCGCGAGGAACCGAAGAGGAGAAGUUGGAUGGAGCACCACGGAAGAAAGAAGUCGUGCGAGGAAAGUAAGGAAUAAUCGUGAAAAUAACAGAAGAAAGGUUCAAGAAUUUGGUGGUCGGAAUUUUUGCGAGGACAAUCGAUGGAACAUAUAGCGGAAUGGAAUCUCGAACGAUCUCUCCUCCUGGGUGUU